AUGUGUCACGGCAGUCCAGAUUCCCAAGCUGCAUUUAAAGUGUGGCAAACGACGCAAGAUUGUGAACACUUUUCAGGAGAAGCAGAAACAUCCCAGCACCUCCUCUGCAAGUGCAUCCAGAUCAUGACGUUCAGAAUGAGGACGAUUGGUCUAAAGCUAAAGUCGGCAGUCGCAGAGUUAACCCCCACAAAGGUUACACAAGGAAAAACACUUUAUCUCAACGAGGAACAAUUUGCAGCAACACAUGCAAUCGAUAAAGACCUCUCAACUGUAGCAGCUACUGUCACUGAUAACGGAGCAGGCUGGAUAAAGUUAGAGUUUGAUGGAACCUACUUUAUCCACAAGGUCCUUAUCUACCACCAAUUUUAUACCGACUGGUACCAAAACCGUCCUGAAAGUCAAUGGUGUGCAGAGAAUGAAGCUAAUUUUAAGAUGUGUGUGGAUGGUCAUAACGAAGUAGAUGUGUCAGUGUACCAAGGAGAGGUAAAACAGAGCUCCUGCGGGACACUCCAACUAACAUACGGACUAGAGCAGGCAGACCAGAUCUACACACUGAUCUGUGACACUGACGGGGACACUGUAAAGCUCAGCAAGAGUAUAGGGAACAUAAAUGUAGCUGAAGUUGUUUAUUUUAAUUGUGAUACUUCAGGUCUAAAGCUAAAGUCGGCAGUCGCAGAGUUGACCCCCACAAAGGUUACACAAGGAAAAACACUUUAUCUCAACGAGGAACAAUUUGCAGCAACACAUGCAAUCGAUAAAGACCUCUCAACUGUAGCAGCUACUGUCACUGAUAACGGAGCAGGCUGGAUAAAGUUAGAGUUUGAUGGAACCUACUUUAUCCACAAGGUCCUUAUCUACCACCAAUUUUAUACCGAGUGGUACCAAAACCGUCCUGAAAGUCAAUGGUGUGCAGAGAAUGAAGCUAAUUUUAAGAUGUGUGUGGAUGGUCAUAACGAAGUAGAUGUGUCAGUGUACCAAGGAGAGGUAAAACAGAGCUCCUGCGGGACACUCCAACUAACAUACGGACUAGAGCAGGCAGACCAGAUCUACACACUGAUCUGUGACACUGACGGGGACACUGUAAAGCUCAGCAAGAGUAUAGGGAACAUAAAUGUAGCUGAAGUUGUUGUAACAGGUCUGAAGCUGAAGUCGGCAGUCGCAGAGUUAACCCCCACAAAGGUUACACAAGGAAAAACACUUUAUCUCAACGAGGAACAAUUUGCAGCAACACACGCAAUCGAUAAAGACCUCUCAACUGUAGCAGCUACUGUCACUGAUAACGGAGCAGGCUGGAUAAAGUUAGAGUUUGAUGGAACCUACUUUAUCCACAAGGUCCUUAUCUACCACCAAUUUUAUACCGAGUGGUACCAAAACCGUCCUGAAAGUCAAUGGUGUGCAGAGAAUGAAGCUAAUUUUAAGAUGUGUGUGGAUGGUCAUAACGAAGUAGAUGUGUCAGUGUACCAAGGAGAGGUAAAACAGAGCUCCUGCGGGACACUCCAACUAACAUACGGACUAGAGCAGGCAGACCAGAUCUACACACUGAUCUGCGACACUGACGGGGACACUGUAAAGCUUAGCAAGAGUAUAGGGAACAUAAAUGUAGCUGAAGUUGUUUUAACAGGAGCGGAAUGUGAGGAAGGGAAGGCACGUUGUGCGGAUGGAGUGCAAUGUAUUGAGGACAAUUCUUUUUGUGAUGGUUCAGCAGAUUGUGAAGAUGGUUCAGAUGAAGAUAAUUGCCCAGUUGAUGGAGGAUUGAGUGCGUUUGGAGAAUGGUCAGAGUGCUCAACUUCUUGUGGAGAAGGCCAAGGACAACAGACCAGGGAAAGAAGCUGUAAUAACCCAGCCCCAGCUAAUGGUGGUGCUGAUUGUGAGGGAAGUUUGACAGAAGCGCAAAAUUGCAACUCCGGUCCUUGUCCAGUUGAUGGAGGAUUGAGUGCGUUUGGAGAAUGGUCAGAGUGCUCAACUUCUUGUGGAGAAGGACAACAGACCAGGGAAAGAAGCUGUAAUAACCCAGCCCCAGAUAAUGGUGGUGCUGAUUGUGAGGGAAGUUUGACAGAAUCGCAAAAUUGCAACUCCGAUCCUUGUCUAGGUCUAAAGCUAAAGUCGGCAGUCGCAGAGUUAACCCCCACAAAGGUUACACAUGGAAAAACACUUUAUCUCAACGAGGAACAAUUUGCAGCAACACAUGCAAUCGAUAAAGACCUCUCAACUGUAGCAGCUACUGUCACUGAUAACGGAGCAGGCUGGAUAAAGUUAGAGUUUGAUGGAACUUACUUUAUCCACAAGGUCCUUAUCUACCACCAAUUUUAUACCAACUGGUACCAAAACCGUCCUGAAAGUCAAUGGUGUGCAGAGAAUGAAGCUAAUUUUAAGAUGUGUGUGGAUGGUCAUAACGAAGUAGAUGUGUCAGUGUACCAAGGAGAGGUAAAACAGAGCUCCUGCGGGACACUCCAACUAACAUACGGACUAGAGCAGGCAGACCAGAUCUACACAGUGAUCUGUGACACUGACGGGGACACUGUUUAUAAAGCUCAGCAAGAGUAUAGGGAACAUAAAUGUAGCUGAAGUUGUUGUAACAGGUCUGAAGCUGAAGUCGGCAGUCGCAGAGUUAACCCCCACAAAGGUUACACAAGGAAAAACACUUUAUCUCAACGAGGAACAAUUUGCAGCAACACACGCAAUCGAUAAAGACCUCUCAACUGUAGCAGCUACUGUCACUGAUAACGGAGCAGGCUGGAUAAAGAUAGAGUUUGCUGGAACCUACUUUAUCCACAAGGUCCUUAUCUACCACCAAUUUUAUACCGAGUGGUACCAAAACCGUCCUGAAAGUCAAUGGUGUGCAGAGAAUGAAGCUAAUUUUAAGAUGUGUGUGGAUGGUCAUAACGAAGUAGAUGUGUCAGUGUACCAAGGAGAGGUAAAACAGAGCUCCUGCGGGACACUCCAACUAACGUAUACGGACUAGAGCAGGCAGACCAGAUCUACACACUGAUCUGUGACACUGACGGGGACACUGUAAAGCUCAGCAAGAGUAUCGGGAACAUAAAUGUAGCUGAAGUUGUUGUAACAGGAGCGGAAUGUGAGGAAGGGAAGGCACGUUGUGCGGAUGGAGUGCAAUGUAUUGAGGACAAUUCUUUUUGUGAUGGUUCAGCAGAUUGUGAAGAUGGUUCAGAUGAAGAUUAUUGCCCAGGUUGAGUAUUGAUAAACUUACUUGUAAAUUUUACCAUAAAACCUAAAAUUCUGAAAUAACAUCUUACAGCUAUUAUAAUAGUCCGAUAUAGCUCCCGCCA